GAAAAAUAUCUCCAAAUUUUUCUUCAAUUUUGCGCUUUCUGUUCUCAAUUGUCCCGACGGCAACCGCGCGGUCAUGUUUAUAUAGAGGUCUUCUUUCAGCGUUACGUCUUCAGCUGUUUUUUUCAAUUGGUUCGAAUUUCCUCUUUAGUCGAAGUUAUACAGUGUUCUCGUACUCUUAUCAGGACCCUUCAGCCCUACGUCGAGUACCACGAUCCUCAGUCGUAUCACAGUCCAAAGCACUGACGGAGUCUUCCUGGCACUUGAUAUUAUACUCUCCUGCGUCGCUAUAAGUAUAUCUGCUCUUCCAUACGCAUCUUGGUCCUAUCCUUGGACCGUUCGGGCUCCAAGAUGUGCAAAUCAUCAAGCAUCCACCAAUUCCUCCACGAGCUCCCCAAAUGCGAGCACCACCUCCACAUCGAGGGAUCUCUCUCCCCGAACCUCCUCUUCCGCCUUGCGAGCGUCAAUAAGGUCUCCCUCCCAGACCCUUCGUCUGACCCCUCCUUCGAAUCCCCAGAAGCCCUCACCUCUCGCUAUGAACGCUUCACCUCCCUCGAUGACUUCCUUCACUACUACUUCAUCGGGAUGUCUGUCCUUAUAACCGCCUCGGACUUCGAAUCCCUGGCCUACGAAUACUUUGCCCGCGCGCACGCUGACGGCGUCCAACAUGCCGAGGUAUUCUUCGACCCGCAAGCGCACACCCAGCGAGGCAUCGCAUACACGACCGUUGUUUCCGGUCUCACAGCCGCGCAGAAGCGAGCCGAGAAGGACUUUGGAAUCACCUCGAAGUUCAUCCUGUGUUUUCUGCGGCACCUAUCCGCGACGGACGCCGAGGUUACAUACCAGGAAGCUGUGGCGCUGGGACAUUUCUCGGAUGGCACGAUUGCGGGGAUUGGGCUUGAUAGCAGUGAGGUUGGCUUCCCGCCCGAGAUCUUUAGGGAGAUAUAUGCGUCUGCGAAACAAGCUGGGAUACGGAGAACGGCACAUGCAGGCGAGGAGGGCGAUGCGUCAUAUGUCCAGAGGUCAUUGGAUAUAUGCCAUACGGAGAGGAUCGAUCAUGGGAUUCGGCUGGUGGAGGACGAAGCGUUAGUGAAGAGGAUCGCGAAGGAUAGAACGCUGAUCACCAUGUGUCCGUUGAGUAACGUGAGGCUGCGAUGCGUUUCCAAAGUCGCCGAUUUACCAAUAAGGAGGUUUCUCGACGAAGGGGUUAGGUUCAGCAUUAACAGCGAUGAUCCGGCAUACUUUGGUGGCUAUAUAUUGGAUAACUACUGUGCGGUUCAGGAGGCAUUCGGAUUAUCAAUCAAGGAGUGGAAAUAUAUAGCAGAUGGGGCUAUCGAAGGAAGCUGGUGUGACGACGAGAGGAAAAAGGUGUUGCUACAGAAGGUCGAGGCAUGCGUCGCAAAAUACGAAUAAACGACAAACGGAGGGAAAUUUAUAGAGCUAUAGAAGUCUUUGGCGUCUUGGAAGGGAGAAGAGGUGCUCACUUUGCAUUAUGGGAGUUGGAGGGUAUGUAUAUGGCAUUCAACAGCCAUUUGACAUGAUUUUAGACGACUUAUGAUUCUUAGAUAGACGUUUGAAUUCUGGAAGCCCAAGUAAUCCUCG